AUGUCCAUAACUACAGUAUUUUUGUUUGCAGUGUUGGUGGCCCUGUACGAAGAGACAGAGAAACCGAAUAAUGCUUUGGAGUAUCCUUUUGCCUUGGUUUGGUAAUAUUCCAAAUUGAUAACUGAAGCGUCUUAAAAAAACUGAUCUUAUUGAUGGUUCCUGUAAUUUUUAAUUGCAUUAUGGUGACUAGCAUCCAGGGGUGUGUUCAGCAGGAUGCAAUGUUUUGGAACAUUCAGAUAUAAAUGUUAUGUAGAACAAACAUGCAUCUCUGAAAUGUAGAAUAAGGAAUCACAUAGGCUCUAUUUGUGGUAUUUCUAUCUGCAAUGUUCAAGAACGUUUUCCUACUGAACAUGGCCCGUUUUCGUACUGAACACUGGCAGGGAAAUGACCUUGCCCAAAAUCUGGUGACUACUGCCCCCCUGGUGCAACGCAGUCAGGGGUAGAGUUUGUCUACAUCACAGCAUCUACAGUUGUGGUUGUGCAUGUGAUGUCUGUAAAGCGUUUAGCAUGUGCCAGUGGCUGGUCUAGUGGUAGUGCUGCCGCCCCCGGACCACACAUUGCCUCUGGAGGAAAACUCGGUGCAUAGAAUGGAAAGUUACAAUCUUCCCAUCUCUAUAACUUCUUCACUGUAUCUAACAACAGUUAGUUAGAAUAGCCUUCACCUACACCACAGCUUUCUAAAGCAUCACCUUGGUGUGGCUGGGGUGGAGACCGCAGAUGCCGAGGCACUCCGUUUGGGGCUGUCUGAGCUACAGCAGAAGUGUGAGCUGCUCAUGGAGGAAAACAAAGAACUCAGAAAGAGGGUCAGAUAAUUAAAUGUUUCCUAAAUUGCAAGGGGUGGUGUCCGGGACACAGAUUAAGCCUAGUCUUGGACUAGAAAGCACUUUCAAUGGAGUAAAAAAUACAUUAAUAUUGACCUUGCUUUUUGGUCCAGAACUACACUUAAUCUUUGUCUGGGAAGCCACCCCCAAAUGCCUGAAAAUGUCUAGUCUCGGUACCUUGCAAAUAGCUGAAUUUGUUUUACAGGUUCUGCAGUAUGA